CGACGACCAAGACCUCGACGGUUCUUCGGCGCCCAAAAGAACCGCGUUGAUGGCAGUUGACGUUGCGGGGAAGGAGGAGACCUCCCGUCCCCCCGUCUCCAUCUUCAGCGGCGGCGUCAACUGGGGACACUCGGAAAGGGCAAAUCCCGUCCCGACGUGAUCCGUUUUCUACAGGAGAGUCGGAGCCUAUCCCGGGCGAAAGGCAGACCGCACCCUGAACCGGUCGCAGGGCAGAUAUCGCCGCCGCCGCCGAGUUUAGAUUAAAAACCGCGAGGUCUCCAAUGCACAAGAUGUUUGGAAUCCAGAUUUAGGUUCAUCAGGAUGAAUCACAGCAGCUUUUCAAACUUCAUCCGAGUUUUUGACGCCCGUACUCGUUGGCGUCAGAAUUUGCUUCCCGAGCGCGGCUGCAGAACAUCUUUGACGCCAACCGUUAAUCGUCAUUUCGAUUUUGGUUUCGGGAACAAAUAAGGUUAAAAAAUGGGAGGUUGUGAAACGGGUUCGUCCAGAACAGCCACUCCAUUUCGCAAGGUGGCGCUAAUUUGAAGAAGAACUUCCGCCGCAGCUCCGCUUCUUCUUCUUCUUCUUCUUCCGUGUACAUGUUGGCGUUCCCCGGUUUGCUGCCUCUUGCCGAACGAAACGAAGUCUCGACGCAGUACGUCCGUCGCUCACUCCUCGAAUUCAUUUCAUUACAUCUCGUGCGCCUUGAACCUUCUCUGCCUCCUUAGCUCAGCUUAGCUUAGCUUAGCUCGCUUGCUCGGCGCGAACGAAGAGAGACGCGCCGGUAGUCGACACAUCGCCAGCCAGAAAUCUUCCAAGUGUGGACGUGUUGACAUUUUCGAGGAGAAAUGUGCGCAAAAGCGCCCGCAGAGGAACUUUGCGCAGUAAAAGAAGAGGACGAGCGACGAGUGCCGCACACGCGCGCCGACGUGAGUGAAGAAUAUUUUCAUCCUGAUCGACGACGGGAGACAACAGAGUCGUCCAACGUGAAAGAAGAAGAAGAAGAAGAAGAGGAGGAGGAGGAGGAGGAGGACGUGGAGCAUCCUCAGGUUAAAAAGGAGGACGCGACAGAAGCCCCCAGCAUCAAAGAGGAGGAGGAGGAAGAAGAUGUCACCAAGAAGCCGUUGGCGCUUGUCCCUUUCAAGCACGAAGGUGAGGGUCGACGUGGCGAGAUCAGAGAGGCGGAGCCUCCAGGCGGCGAAUCGAGUCAACGCGCGGAAGCAGAGGGCGACGGAGACCGCCGCGGACCGACGCAGACAGACGGCCUCAUGGCGCCGCUGUCAGAUAGCGACGACGUCGGGUCGCACUCGCCGGACACCGACGACGACGGUAAAGGGGAUGUGGCGCGUCGCGGCAAAUGCUGGGAGUGUUCGCAGUGUGGGAAAACGUUGGGCACAAAGAGGACCUUGCGCGCUCACGCCAGAACACACGGGCCAGACAAACCGUUUGCCUGUUCAGUUUGUGGCAAAAGCUUCGCUCGAAAGAAACAUUUAAGCGGACACGCGAGAAUUCACACGGGGGAGAAACCUUUUUCCUGCUCGCUUUGUGGCAAAAGCUUCUCCGUGAAGUCAACUUUAACGACGCACACCCGAACGCACACGGGAGAAAAGCCCUUUGCCUGCUUAUUUUGCGGGAAAGGCUUCUCCGUAAAGAAACAUUUGACGGGACACACCAGAAUACACACCGGAGAGAAACCUUUUGCCUGCUCAAUCUGCGGCAAAAGCUUCUCCGUCAAGUCGACGUUGACAACGCACACGCGAACGCACACGGGGGAAAAACCUUUCGCGUGCUCGGUUUGUGAUAAAAGCUUCACGAUCAGGUCGAGCUUAACGAAACACACCAGAACGCACACCGGUGAGAAACCGUUUGCCUGUUCAGUUUGCGGCGAAAGGUUCACUGAAAAGGGCACGCUGGGAAGACACGCGAGGACACACACGGGCGAGAAACCUUUCGCCUGCCCACUUUGUGAGAAAAGCUUCUCCGUCAAAUCAAGUUUGACAAAACACACGAGGAAAGCCUGUUGCCUGCUCACUUUGGAAUAA